AUGGUGACAAAGUUCUAUCAGCAUGUCCUGGCCUUGGCAUUUGCUGUGAAAGAGAUAAAUGAGAAUCCCAGGAUCUUGCCGAAUGUCACACUUGGGUUCCAUAUCUACGACAGCUACAACAAUGCAAAGAUGACCUACCAUAGCACUCUUGAACUCCUUUUCAAAUCCUCUAAAUUUGUCCCCAACUACAAAUGUGACACCCAAAAAAAUAUCAUAAGCAUCAUUGGUGGAUUUGGCUCUGAUACCUCUUUCCAAGUGGCUGAGAUCAUAGGACACUACAAGAUUCCACAGAUCAUCUAUGGCUCAUUUCCUCCAGAGAAAAGUCUCACAAGUCUUACCCGUUCCUUUUACUGCAUGGUUCCCAACUCAGCUCUUCAGUACACAGGGAUUAUCAGACUGCUUAAACAUUUUGGAUGGACGUGGGUUGGGCUCUUUGCAGACGAUAGAAACAGUGGAGAAUCCUUCUUGCAUGACAUAGAAAUCUUGCUUAGACAGAAUGGAAUUUGUACAGCUUUCACAGAGAGAAUCCCACAAGAACCUCAUUCAGAUAGUAUUGAUCAAAUGUAUGAGACGUACUUGAGAUUGUAUGCACCCUUCACAGAUAAUACAGUCAGCACAUUUAUAAUGUAUGGAGAAUCUUUGGCAUUUGCAUGGCUGAGAACUGUUUUAUUCAUGCGAGAUCCUGCAAAUCAUGGACUUAGAUCAAUUGGAAAAGUGUGGAUUAUGACAUCUGAGAUUGAUUUCAUUUUAUUUGACUUUCAAAGGAGUUGGGACCUUCAACAUUUCAAAGGUGCCCUUUGCUUCACAAUUCACUCAAAUGAUCCUCUGGGAUUCAAGGAAUAUCUUCAGAGUAGAAAACCUUAUUGUAGCUUGAGUGAUGGAUUUCUCAUGGACUUCUGGGAGAAAGCAUUUGACUGUAAACUCCCAAAAUCCCAUGUCUCAAUAGAAGGCAGAGAAACCUGCACGGGGGAAGAGACUCUGGAGAGCCUUCCUGGGCCUCAGUUUGAUAUGCGGAUGACUGCCCACAGCUACAGUAUAUAUAAUGCUGUCUAUGUUGUGGCCCAUGCUCUUCAUGUCAUGUACUUAUAUCGAUCCAACUAUAGAUUGAUGAUGAGCAGAGAAAGGUUUGAACUUCCAGAAGUGCAGCCUUGGCAGAUGCACUCAUAUCUUCAAGACAUCUCCUUUAACAACUCAGCCGGAGAGACAGUGUUCUUUAAUGAAAAGGGGGAAAGGAGUGGUGGAUUUGACAUAAUGAACAUGAUCAUGUUUCCAAACAAUUCCUUCCUUCGUGUGAAAGUUGGAAGGGUGGAGGAUCCUAGAGCUCCUGAAGAAAACGGAUUCAUGAUCAAUGCAGAUCUAAUUGUUUGGCACAGGAGUUUUAACAAGGUGCUUCCCCUUUCACUGUGUAAUGAACACUGCCAGCCUGGUUAUCAGAAGAAAACGAAGGAAGGAGAACAAUUUUGCUGCUAUGAUUGCCUUCCAUGUCCAGAAGGGAAGGUUUCAAACCAGACUGAUAUUGAUGACUGUUUCAGAUGCCCAGAGCAAGAGCAUGCAAGCAAAGACAGAAGUCACUGCAUCCCUAAGACAAUAACCUUUCUAUCUUACCAAGAACAUUUAGGAAUUAGUUCAACUGUGAUUGCUAUUUCCUUUUCCCUGAUCUCAGCCUGGGUUUUGGGAACUUUUAUUAAGCACAGAGAUACGCCCAUAGUCAAAGCCAACAACCGGGACCUCACGUACAUGCUGCUCAUCUCCCUCCUGCUCUGCUUCCUCUCUGCGUUGCUGUUUCUUGGAAGACCUAACACAGUGACCUGCCUCCUCCGGCAACCAACAUUUGGCCUUGUCUUCUCAAUGGCUGUUUCUUGUGUGUUAGCAAAAACCAUCACCGUGGUUAUAGCUUUCCUGGCUACCAAACCCGGGUCCAACAUGAGGAGGUGGGUGGGGAAAAAACUGAGCAACUCCAUUGUCCUUUCCUGCACUGUUAUCCAAGCAAGUGUUUGUUCUGUAUGGCUGACCACUGCUCCCUCAUUCCCCGAUUUAGACAUGAACUCUGUCACAGAGGAAAUCAUUGUGCAAUGUAAUGAAGGCUCCGUUGCAAUGUUUUACUGUGUCCUGGGCUACUUGGGCCUCUUGGCUAUUGGCAGCUUCAUUGUGGCAUUCUUAGCCCGCAAAUUACCAGAUACGUUUAAUGAAGCCAAGUUCAUUACCUUCAGCAUGUUGCUCUUUUGCAGUGUUUGGUUGUCCUUUGUUCCAACCUAUUUGAGCACCAAAGGGAAGUAUAUGGUAGUGGUGGAGAUCUUCUCCAUCUUGUCCUCCAGUGCUGGGUUACUGGGCUGCAUCUUUGUCCCUAAAUGCUACAUCAUAAUGCUGAGGCCUCAGAUGAACAGUAGGGAGCAACUCAUAAGGAGAAAGAAUUGA